AUUCUAAACUUGGAUUGCUACAGAUCCUCGCCCAUAACUGCAUUCUCUGAGAGUGUGCCUCAUACAUAUGGGCGUGAUUAGCACGGCUGCAUAUAUGAAUGAUAUGAGUAGCGGACAAAGCCCUGAUUUAAAGUUUUUUUCUUCUGCAAUUUGUCCCUCUCUUUGCUGGCAGGAGUGAAUGCACUGGGCGGAGCGCCUCUGUCUCCUGGGCUCCCCCCAGCAGCACAUUCUCCCGGUACUAAUGUGACUUCACUCUCCUUUGAUUUGGGAAAUAGCUGAUUGGCUGGAAGCGAUUCAGCACAUGCAGCGCAGGAGCUUUUGUCUGAGUUGAAGUGAACUUGUACAGAUUUUUUAGUCUGGAGUCAGCAAUCAGGGGUGUUUAGUCUGCAGCAGAGCCGGGAGAAGGGAAGAGGAUCUCCGAGAGGGGGAAGCGGCUGCAGACUCAGCAAUACCCCUGUCUGUCAUGCCAUCCAUGGAUACAAAUCUGCACUGAUGUGAGCCCUGGUGCUGUUCUUCUGCUGGGCUGGGGAGCUGCUGCUGCUUCUGCAUACAGUAUAACAGCAUCUCCCCUCCGAAACCUGCGUUGCAUAUAGAAAGUUUGGGCACUCCAUAGCAUCUGCCUUGCUGCAAUCCAAUGCAUGCUGACUUCAGAUCGCCUAAGCAAGUUGGAAGCACGGUCUUUUCAUUUCUCGCUGGCAAUGGAUCGCUGUGACACUGGGAGACCCCGGAUCGGUAGGACAAUGUACUCUGUGUUGGUUGUUGCAUUGCUCAUGUACACGGAUCACUACGCUACCUGCAAGAAUUUAAAGUACAGCAUCUACGAGGAGCAGAUGGUGGGAUCUCUAGUUGCCCGGCUAGCGGAGGAUGUGGCUGAUGUGCUCUCCAAGUUGCCUAACCCUUCCUCGGUGCGCUUUAAGGCGAUGCAGCGGGGGAGUCCUACCCUGCUCAUAGUGCGGGAGGAUAACGGGGAAAUCAGCAUCGGGGCUCAGAUAGACCGGGAGCAGCUGUGCCAGAGGAACCUGAACUGUUCCAUAGAGUUUGAUGUGAUUACCCUUCCGACUCAGCAUCUGCAGCUCUUCCAUGUGGAAGUGGAGGUGCUGGAUAUCAAUGACAAUGCGCCCCACUUCUCCCGAUCCCUCAUCCCCAUUGAAAUCUCUGAGAGUGCGGCUGUGGGCACCAGGAUCCCCCUGGACAGCGCCUUUGAUCCUGACGUUGGGGAAAAUUCCCUCCAUACCUACUCUUUGUCUGAAAAUGAGUAUUUUAAGAUCGAGGUAAAGACCAGGACUGAUGGGGCCAAGUAUGCAGAACUGAUUGUGGUCAGGGAGCUGGACAGGGAGCAUCAGGCCAGCUAUGAGCUACAACUCACUGCUUCAGACAUGGGGGUCCCCCAGAGGUACGGCUCAGCCAUCUUGAAAAUAAGCAUUUCUGACUCCAAUGACAACAGCCCAGUCUUUGAGCAAAAGUCUUACAUCAUUCAGCUCCCUGAGAAUUCUCCAGUUGGGACUUUACUCAUUGAUCUCAAUGCCACUGACCCAGAUGAGGGCGCCAAUGGGAAGGUGGUCUAUUCAUUUAACAACAAUGUGUCUCCCAAAAUUACUGAAACUUUUAGAAUGGAUCCUGAAAAGGGCCAGCUGACCCUGAUAAAGCAAGUGGACUAUGAGACCACCAAAUCAUAUGAGAUUGAUGUUCAGGCCCUGGACAUGGGACCUAAUUCCAUCCCAGGCCACUGUAAGAUCAUUAUAAAUGUUGUGGAUGUUAAUGAUAACAAACCCGAAAUUAAUAUCAAUUUGAUGUCCACUAGUAAAGAAAUCGCAUAUAUUUCAGAAAGUGCACCCAUGGACACCUUUGUGGCCUUGGUAAGGGUACAGGAUAGAGAUUCUGGACUGAAUGGAGAGAUUGUCUGCAAACUCCAUGGGCAUGGACAAUUUAAGCUGCAAAAAACCUAUGAAAACAAUUACUUAAUAUUAACCAACUCCACACUUGAUAGGGAAAAGAGGUCUGAGUAUAGCUUGACAGUGAUAGCAGAAGACAGAGGGCUGCCUAGUCUCUCCACAGUGAAGCACUUUGCAGUUCAGAUAAGUGAUGAGAAUGACAACCCACCACGGUUUCAGACCAACAGAUAUGAGAUUGUUACUGUUGAAAAUAAUUCACCUGGUGCACAUAUUACAUCUGUUAGGGCCACAGAUCCAGAUCAAGCUGAAAAUGGUCAAGUAACAUAUGUCAUUCUUGAAAGUUUUAUUCAAGGCAGUUCUAUUACAACCUAUGUAACUAUUGACCCCUCCAAUGGUGCAAUAUAUGCACUUAGGGCAUUUGAUCAUGAAGAAGUCAAUCAGAUUGUCUUCACCGUCCAGGCCAGAGAUAGUGGAGUUCCUCAGCUCGUCACUAAUGCUACAAUGGUGCUCACUGUUGUGGAUGAAAAUGACAAUGCUCCAGUUAUCAUGUCCCCUACACUUCACAACAACACAGCAAAGAUUCCUGUCCCCAGGGAUGCUGAAAGUGGCUUUUUAAUCACCAAAAUAAAGGCGACAGAUAGGGAUUCUAGCAUGAACUCUGAACUCAGCUGUUCAAUUUUAUCUGGGAAUGAAUACAAUGUUUUUCUUAUCGAUCCAAAAUCAUGUGAAAUAUACACUAAUAUGAGUAUGGAGAGCUUUCCUUUCCCAGAAUGGGACCUUUUAGUUGCAGUACAAGACAAAGGGACGCCUCCACGUACCACUAAAGCUCUUCUUAAAUGCCAUAUUCUUGAAACUCCUGAUGCUACUGGCAGUACUGAGGCCAGCUAUGUUAACCAGGCCUCUAUGGAUGUCUCAAUGAUCAUUAUAAUUUCUUUGGGGGCUAUCUGUGCAGUCCUUUUAGUCAUCAUGGUUAUUUUUGCCACAAGGUGUAAUCGAGAGAAGAAAGACAAUAGAUCUUACAAUUGCAGGGUGGCAGAAUCAACUUAUCAGCAUCAUCCAAAGAGGCCUUCUAGACAAAUUCACAAAGGGGACAUUACUUUAGUGCCUACCAUGAAUGGUACCCUGCCUAUCAGAUCCCACCAUCGGUCUUCUCCAUCACCAUCUCCUACUCUGGAACGUGGCCAAAUGAGCAGCAGGCAAAGUCACCACAGUCGCCAAUCACUCAACAGUCUUAUGACAAUAUCAUCAAAUCACGUGCCAGACACCUUCUCUCUGGAGCUGACCCAUGCUACGCCUGCUGUGGAGGUUUCCCAACUGCUUUCCAUGCUUCAUCAAGGACAGUACCAGCCAAGACCAAGCUUUCGAGGAAACAAAUAUUCUAGAAGCUACAGGUAUGCCCUGCAAGACAUGGACAAAUUUAGUCUGAAAGACAGUGGACGUGGGGAUAGUGAAGCUGGAGACAGCGAUUAUGAUCUAGGCAGAGAUUCCCCAAUUGACAGACUUCUGGGCGAAGGAUUCAGUGAACUUUUCCUUACCGAUGGCCACAGAAUUCCUCCAGUUAUGAGGUUCUGCACAGAUGAAUGCCGUGUUCUGGGACACUCAGAUCAGUGCUGGAUGCCACCUCUUCCCUCUCCAUCAUCAGACUACAGAAAUAACAUGUUCAUUCCUGGAGAAGAAGUCCAGCCUCUUCAACAGCCACUGCCACACGACCAGGAACAGACACAACAGGCCCCUCUGCUUGAGGAAGACAUGCUUCCUAUUGAUCAGAAUGAGAAGAAAAAGAGUUUUUCUACAUUCGGCAAAGAGUCUCAGGAUGAGGAGGCAGCUGAGGCAUGUACUUCUUCUCUCCUCACUGAAAUGAGCAAUGUUUUCCAACGCCUACUACCUCCAUCUAUGGACAACUACACUGAAUGUAGUGAAGUUGAUCACUCAAACUCUUUAGAGAGGAGGAAAGGGCAAGUGCCUGCUAAAACUGUAAGUUACCCCCAAGGGGUUGCUGCAUGGGCGGCUAACACACAUUUCCAAAAUCCUAACAAUGUUAGUGGACCUUCUUUAGGAAAUCACUCCAGUGCACAGCCAUCUUCAAAGUGGUUGCCAGCUAUGGAGGAGAUCCCAGAGAACUAUGAAGAAGAUGACUUUGACAAUGUUCUCAACCAUCUGAAUGAUGGUAAACAUGAACUAAUGGACGCCAGUGAACUGGUGGCUGAAAUUAAUAAACUGCUUCAAGAUGUGAGGCAGAAUUAGGUGACUUACCAUCUUUUUCCAUAUUUAUGGAGUUCUGGAACAAUCAAAAAACUUAUUGACGGUUGCAUUUAUAAAAAUGUGUCUGUGUAUGUUAAAUAUUCAAAAGCUGUAUUUUCAUAUGUACACAAAACAAGUGUGACUAUUGCUAUCUGUAUUUUAAAAAUACAUUUGUAUCUUAUAUUUAUGUGUAAUUUAAAAAUAAAUACAUUUUAUUUUUGUAUUUCGUAUGGCAUGUUUUACUGUAUGUGGAUAUUUUUGGACUUUUCUCUUUAUAAAUACAAGUCAGACAGGUCUGUGGAUGCCUGUACUGCAAACAGGUCAUUGUUAAUUAUGAAGCUACUUCCUAAAGACAUACAAUAUAAAUAUGCAAAACUCCCCUCAAGUAAUAGUUUUAUAUAUUGACCUGCCACUUGUAGAUAUGAUUACCAUUUGUUUUCAUUUUACACUCUAAAAAUAAAAUCUUUUCACAAUUAA